CGUGAAAUAGGCGCGACUGCGUGCCUGUGAAAUCGGCUUGCUGUCGCAGGCUUUUAUACCUGCCAGCCUGCUCUGUAUCGUUUUCCGUCCAUUUUAACAGGUUGCUAUCGGAUCCUUUUUAUAUAACUUGAUAAACCCUUUAGAGAUUAUUUAUGUAUACGAAGAGUCAUUUCCGAAAGUAUAUUUGUUCCAAGCUGGGGAGCCAAACCUCCGGCAGUCGGCAAUCACAGGACAGCUCACGCCCGGGGCCGUGAAUAGACUUUGCACAAAUAAUCUUGUACACCUCUUACUUGAACAGCAACUCUUAGGACGAUGCGGUGGGACGGACAGUCUGUGCUUGAACGAUGCGCCGUCAGCGCCGCCACGGCAUGGGGCUUUUACUUGAUGGCGCGCUUCGUAAACCACAGAUGGCACAUGGCCUCCCUGGAGCAGCAGCUCAAGGAGACGCAGGCCCUCCUGGAUCACGAGCGUGAGAAGCGCAAGGCCGACCGCGUGGGCCGCAUCCGGGCUGAGCAGGAGCUGCGGGUGGCCAAGGUGGAGGCGCAGCAGCUGCAGCUGCAGUUCCAGAUGCAGGAGCAGCAGCAGAUACAGCAGCUGCUGAGGGAGAUGCAGGGAGGCGACAGCAGCAGCGAUGAGGAGGGGGAGGGGGAGGGUGCUUCUGGCAGUGCUGCGGCGAAGGAGGCAGAGCAGAAGGCGGGUGAGGAUGCUGGGGAAUUAUCAGCAGCAGCAGCGGAGGAGGAGGUGUCCAACCGGCAGCAGCCUGCCAGUGCUGCUGCUCCUGUUGAUGAGGUGAAGCGAGCUGCCGUGGCGGCGACUGCGGUGCUGGCGGCGGCGGGGGCGGCCAUGCCGGCGUUUCCCUUCCGACCCAUUGGUCACUUGCAGUCUGUGUUCUCCGAGAGGAACGGCACCCCCCGCCAGCCGCAGCUGGUCCCCGCCGCCCGCUCCCGCCUGGUGCUGAGUCGCGAUGUGCCGGCUGCUUGUCUGGAGGGGCUGGAGCAGUACAGCCACUGCUGGGUGCUGUACGUGUUCCAUGCGAACACGGACCUGGCCAAGUACCUGUCCCCCGAUCGCUCCGGCCUCAAGGCCAAGAUCCACGUGCCUCGUCUCAACGGCGGUCGCAUGGGGGUGCUCGCCACCCGCUCACCGCACCGGCCCUCGCCCAUCGGCCUCAGCACCGCACAGAUCAUCAGCGUGGAGGGAAACACGCUGGUGCUGGGCGGCGCCGACAUCGUGGACGGCUCCCCCGUGCUCGACAUCAAGCCCUACGUGCCCUUCUGUGACUGCCUGCCUGCUGCCCGGGCACCCGCAUGGGUACAGGCGGAGGCGGACGACGAGCCUCUGGCGGUGGGCGAGGUGGUGGUGGGGCAGACAGCGGCCGCCGCCAUCACCCGGGCCUGGCAGGCGCGCAGGUCGCACUCCAUGUACGGCAGCGCUGAGGAUUACCUGGAUCUCGUACGGCAGGUGCUCAGCCGGGACAUCCGCUCCGUCCACCAGCGACUCAACGUCAAGCCCACCACCGCCGCCGCUGCCUCCACCUCCACCUCCUCCUCUUCCACCACCAAGUCUCCACCCGCCGCUUCCUCCUCCUCCUCCUCCGCCGGCUCCACCGCUUGCUCAACUUCCGCCGCCUCCGCCUCCACCACAGCAACGACGAGCACCCCGGUGCCGCAUGCGGGUGCAACCUUUGCGCUCAUGCAGCCCCAGCCGCCGCAGCCUGAGCAGCGCAAGCCGGCGGGCGGUGCGGAGGGGCCGGGGCAGUAUCAUGUGGUGCUGGAGGGCGUGUACAUCAGCUAUGACAUCAGCCCGGCGGGUGUGGUGGAGGUCCAUGAUGCGUGGGUGGACCCCAUCACCGCGAAAUGAGGCGUGGGCGGGGGAGAGGGGGAAAAAUAAAUGAGGAAUGCAGCAACGGGUUCCAAUCCCAGAUCCCGGGGAGUUUGGGGGUGGUGGGGUUGCAGGUGUGGCGCUUUGGUAGUGACUGGUGAGGAGUAAGGGAUAAGAUGGUAGUUCGUGUGGGGUCUAUGGAACUUGAGGUUCGGGCUCGGCAGCCCCAUUUAGCGUGCGCAUGGGCUUCGAAGCAUGAGUGAUUGCAUCGUGGUCCCGUCUUCCGUGACUUGCCGGGACUCCGGUUGAGCACUGAGCUGGUUAUGGCGUUAUGCCAUGCUACUUAUGUUACGUUAAAAUGGCUUGGAACCUGUAUUUAUG